AUGGCGACAGAGCGGAGCGGACAGGGGUGUCUUCUAACUUUCAUCGUGUUCCUCUGGAGCUCUGUCGGCGGGCGAACGGAGACGUCGAGCCCCGGCUCCAGCAGUCAGAUCCUGGGCAUGCGGCUGGAGAGGAGCGACAAAGCGGCCAGCACCACGGAGGACGGGUUCAUCCAGGUAACGGAGGAGAGCAGCGUCCUGCUCAGGUUUUAUGGGGUGCACCUGAGCCCAGACUCGGCAUCCCACAUCAGGUUCACGGAGUACGUGGAUACGGAGGACAGCGACGCGUUAAACAGCACUUGUGAGGAUUUCACCAAAGACCUGAGCAUCAGCACCUUCAUGAACGUGAGCAACAGAGGAACAUCAGGUCUGGUGAGUGUGUAUGUGAAGCCACUGCGUAAGAGUGAACGAGAAAAGACCUACAGCCUAUGUGUCAGGCAGGGUUUGGGAGACAAAUGGGUCCAGCUGGGUGAAAAUGAUGGAAGAUUGUUAGUUGUAGAGGAGAAAGAAUCUCUUCUACCGCUUUGGCUCCAAAUCAUCCUGGUUUCAGGCUUGCUGGUGCUGUCUGGCAUGUUCAGCGGACUCAACCUGGGGCUCAUGGCGUUGGAUCCAAUGGAGCUUCGCAUUGUGCAAAGUUGUGGAACAAAUAAGGAAAAGAAGUAUGCACGCAAAAUCGAACCCAUUCGAAGCAAGGGCAACUAUCUGCUUUGCUCUUUAUUGUUGGGUAAUGUGCUGGUCAACACAACUUUGACGAUCCUGCUAGAUGAUUUGAUUGGGUCGGGGUUGGGAGCCGUGGUGGCAUCUACUGUUGGCAUUGUCAUAUUUGGUGAAAUCGUGCCACAAGCGCUCUGCUCGCGCCACGGUUUGGCCGUAGGCGCCAACACCAUCAUGUUGACCAAGUUUUUCAUGCUCCUGACCUUCCCCUUGUCGUUCCCCGUCAGUAAGCUUUUGGACUACAUUCUCGGGCAGGAAAUCGGCACCGUCUACAACCGCGAGAAGCUGGUGGAGAUGCUGAAGGUCACCGAACCCUACAACGAUCUGGUCAAGGAAGAGCUGAACAUCAUACAAGGUGCUCUGGAACUCAGAACCAAGACGGUUGAGGAUGUGAUGACGCCGCUGAGCAACUGCUUCAUGAUUCACACCGACGCCGUGUUGGACUUCAACACCAUGUCUGAGAUCAUGGAAAGCGGCUACACGCGGAUACCCGUGUAUGACACAGAGCGCUCCAACAUCGUGGACAUCCUGUACGUCAAAGACCUGGCCUUCGUCGACCCCGACGACUGCACCACGCUUAAAACGGUCACCAAGUUCUACAACCACCCGGUGCAUUUCGUCUUCCAUGACACUAAGCUGGAUGCCAUGCUGGAGGAGUUUAAGAAAGGUAAAUCCCACCUGGCCAUCGUUCAGAAGGUGAAUAAUGAGGGUGAAGGAGAUCCGUUCUACGAGGUUCUGGGUCUGGUCACGCUGGAGGACGUCAUUGAGGAGAUCAUCAAAUCUGAGAUCCUGGAUGAGUCUGAUCUCUACACUGACAAUCGUAACAGAAAGAAAGUGGAUCCCGACAAAAACAAGAGGGACUUUUCUGCUUUCAAACAUGAGAGGGAAUCCAAAGUCAAGAUAUCCCCGCAACUAAUGCUGGCAGUGCAUCGUUUCCUCGCUACUGAGGUGAGCCUUUUCAGUCCACUCCAGAUUUCAGACAAGGUCUUACUGCGAAUCCUCAAGCACCCGGAUGUCAUUCAGGAGAUCAAGUUCAACGAGAACGACAAGCGCUCGCAACAGCACUAUUUAUAUCAGCGCGGAAAACCUGUCGACUUUUUCGUCCUUAUCCUUCAGGGUCGGGUGGAAGUUGAGGCUGGAAAUGAGAAUAUGAAGUUUGAGACGGGUCCUUUCUCUUAUUAUGGAGUCAUGGCACUGACUGCACCAUGCCUGGAGUUUCGCUCCCCUUCUCACGUGAGUGGUCUGAACCGCUCGGUGUCUCUGAGCUGCACAGAGAGAGUCGACUCUGUGUCCAUCAGCGGCAGCAACAGUCAGCUCAAUAACAGCCCCGCGGCACAGUACGUCCCUGAUUUUAACAUGUGGGCCCUCACUGACCUGCAGUAUGUGAAGGUCACUCGUUCGCAGUACCAAAACGGCCUCCUGGCUUCAAAACUGGACAGCACGCCCCAGUCCCCAGAGAGCAGCCAUAUCCGCCUGGAUCCCGGCCCUCUUCCGCCCCUGACCCCUCCCAUGUCCUCCACCACGAACCACACCACAGCGCCGCCGGCACCCAGAGAGAACGGGCCAGACGAGACCACCUCGCUGCUCAACGACAAGAACAGCCUGUCCAAACGCCGGCCGAGCCACAUCCACCCUCAGAACCAGUCACACCUGAACACCAACGCCAACUCCAACAGCAGCCCGACGCCGCUCCCCAACCCUCAGGCGCAUCGCACGCACACCUUCACGCACGCGCACACCGAGAGCACCAUUUGACAACAAUAAUCUGGGGCUCCGAGAGCUCCAGAGCUGACCACAAGCACAAAUACACUGAGCGAUGCAGCGGACUGAGGUGUAGUAAAAUAGGUGCAUGGUCUUCAGCAUUGGACGUGAUCUCACUGUGAUUCUAGGGGCUGCGGGUUCGGCCCGACGUCGAGGUGUGUAGUCAUGCAGACUGUUGUAUGUCUGCUAUUGCAUGCUAAUCAUGUAGACACUCUCUCAAAGCUUUCGGCAUACAAGUGUGUUCGGUAUGCCACAAAUACCGUUUAAAGGCAUUAUACAACACUUCAUCAGUAUCUAACAGAAUUAUUGUACGAUAUGCACUUUUUAUAAUGUCUCUGACCCAGCGGCUAACAUCUGUGUGCUGUUUUUCUGAGAUUUUGAGCAUAAGAGCACUUUGAGUCUCAUAAGCUAUUGUUGGACUGAACUAUCCUUUUAGCACAAAGACCGUUCUGGUCUAGUUUUCAUGCUGUGUAGUGCUGUAUGAUUUUGACCGCUUUCUUUCGAAGUCGAAAGCAUCAAGCCAAGUGUGGCUACGUGAUGUAGCUGUAUGUGACGCAAUCGUAGCUCUGCGUGACAAACGUGAAGGGGAACUGUAAAUAUAGUUUGGAGACGUGAAAUUUGCUGACGCAGCUAGGGUUUGGAGAACCCCACGUGGCCAGUUAGAACAAAACAUUG